UAUAAGCAGGCAGGCUUUUAAUCGAGCACCGAUUCUACAGAAGCAAGUGAACGACCUCCAGUUUAGCUAGUUCGACUUAACCUUAUUUGUGUGUUUUACCGGCCCGCAUAAACAUUUUUGGCUUGCAAAAAAUAAACAAGUUCUGCUCAGUACUUAAGUUGAAAAUGAUACGAAUUUUAUCUGGAAGAUGGGUAACAUAUGGGGUUCCAGUGUGGAGACAUUUCUCGCAGACUUUAAAGGUCCCAAGCUACACAACAAAACCCCAGCUGCAGUUUAAUUUCCCAGGAUCCUCUGUGUUGAUAGCAGGAAGGGCAGCCUCCACCAACAGGCUGCUGAGCAUCAAACCAGUGACCUGGCACGCUUCACGCCUCUGCCAAAAUGACUCAGGAGCUGCUUCCUCACAGGGAAGAAGCAAGAGCCAAGAUAGCUUCAGCAUGAAGGCUCUCACCCAGGCACCCAAACCAGCUCUGUACCUCGGCUUUUCCGGGCUCAUCCCCUUCCUGUCUGCCCCACUCGUCAUGGCUGCCACGCAAUCCUUCUAUCCUGAAGUGGCGUUUGCUCAGAUGGUGUAUGGAGCCUCCAUAGUGUCCUUCCUCGGAGGCGCCCGCUGGGGGUUUGCCAUCCCCCCAGGCAGUCCUGCUCAGCCCGACUGGAUGAACUUGGGGAACAGCGUGGUGCCAUCCCUCGUGGCCUGGUUAGCAUUGCUUUGCAAAGACAAUUUCACAGAGGGAGCUCUUCUAGUUAUCAUGGGACUGGGCCUGUCGCUGCAUUAUGACCUGACGCUGCUGCCUGGUUAUCCCGCCUGGUUUAAGGCCAUGAGGACUGUUCUGACUCUAGUUGCCACAUUCUCAAUUGUUGCUUCUCUGGUUCUUAAACAUUUUUGCACAGAGAAGAAAAUCGAAGAGGUUUGGAAGUGAAUCCAAAUCAGGCAAACUUAAAAAAGUUCAUGUUUAGUUGGCAUGUGCGAGAAAGUUUUUGUAAAAAAUGCUACAAAAAGUACAUUUAAAUUGGAACUACCGAUUCAAUGUUUAGUCUGUGAAAUAAAUUUACAAUGUAAACUGUUAUAAAUGCAAGUAUUUUUGAAGCGUUUAAAUAAAUCCUGUAUUUUUACACCUAAGUUUGACUGAAAUCAACCUUAAUGUAGGAUGGAGGUAGUGUUGUCCCUCUAAUUAAACACUUUGUUU